GGAAGCUCGUCUGUGUCAGACCCCUUUCACCUCUCUGGAUCAACUCAUUUGCGUUCUUUUGCAUCUUACCCCCCGACGAUGGAAAGUACACAACUAUUCACAGAGGGCACUUCAACUUAAGAGCAUUAAGUUCAAUUGAGUCCAUCCGAGCUUUGUUGGGCUCCGGUCGGGAUAACCGAGCGGGAUCUCCGGAGGACACCAGCCGGCUCACGACUGCGUGCGCCCGGGCAAAGACGCUCCGAGGACCCCCGGGGGUUGGAUGGUUGUACAUUUUUUUCUGGACAGCUUCUUUCGCGGCAUUCUCUGGGCAUAACCAAACGCUAGCUCCUGGAUUCUCCUCCCCCUUGGUUAGAGAGAAACAAUGUUGUUGGGCAGCCUGUGCUGUAUGCUGGCCCUGAUGGCCUUGUCGUCCGCAGGGCUGCCUACGGCCCUGGAUCCACUGUCCGCCCCCAGGAUCUUCUUGUCCUUCAAAGAGUUAAAAUCGACCGGCACCGCUCACCACUUCUCCUUCUUGCUAAACUCCAGCGACUAUCGAAUUCUUCGAAUGGACGAGGACCACGACCGCAUGUAUGUGGGCAGCAAAGAUUACAUCCUGUCUCUGGAUCUGCACGACAUAAACAAGGAGCCACUCAUUAUCCACUGGCCUGUCGCCCCUCAGAGGAAGUCUGAAUGUGUCCUGUCAGGAAAAGACACCAAUGGCGAGUGCGGGAACUUCAUCCGUCUGAUCGAGCCAUGGAACCGUACUCACCUUUACGUUUGCGGAACUGGGGCAUACAAUCCCAUCUGCACGUACGUGGACCGUGGACGCAGGUCGCAGGGUUCCUACUACCUCCAGGCCCCCAAAUCUGGAGGGAGAACCAAUCGGGCAGCAGACCAGAGUGCCACGUCAGAGCUUUUGGAGGCCAAGGAAUACAUUUUCCGCCUUGAGCCAGGCAAAGUUGAUUCUGGGAAGGGAAAAUGUCCUUUUGACCCCAAAUUGAACAGCGUCUCUGCUUUGAUCAAUGGAGAGCUGUAUGCGGGAGUUUACAUUGAUUUCAUGGGAACCGACUCGGCUAUCUUCCGUACACUAGGGAAGCAGACUGCCAUGAGGACCGAUCAGUACAACUCCAGAUGGUUGAACGACCCCACAUUCAUCCACGCACACCUCAUCCCCGAUAGUGCUGAGAAGAAUGACGACAAGCUUUACUUCUUCUUCCGUGAGAAGGCCACUGAGAUGGGCCAGAGUCCCUUGACCCAGUCCAGAAUCGGGAGGAUAUGCUUGAAUGACGACGGUGGACACUGUUGUCUGGUGAACAAGUGGAGUACGUUUCUGAAGGCCCGUCUGAUUUGCUCGGUGGCCGGAGCCGAUGGUGUCGAGACGCACUUUGACGAGCUCAGGGAUGUUUACAUCCAGCCUACACAAGACACCAAGAAUCCUGUCAUCUAUGGAGUCUUCUCAGUUUCAGGAUCUGUGUUUAAAGGUUCGGCGGUGUGCGUCUACUCAAUGGCAGACAUCCGUAUGGUCUUCAAUGGUCCUUUUGCUCACAAGGAAGGACCCAACUACCAGUGGGUGGCCUACACGGGCAAGAUACCCUACCCCAGACCUGGCACUUGUCCUGGCGGAACAUUCACCCCCAAUAUGAAAUCCACCAAGGAUUACCCGGAUGAGGUGAUCAACUUCAUGAGGAACCACCCCAACAUGCACAACGCUGUCUACCCGGUACACAAGCGGCCUCUUGUGGUCCGCACCAACGUGGACUACGAAUUCACCACCAUUGCCGUCGACCAAGUGACAGCCGCCGACGGAAGUUACGAGGUUCUGUUCUUAGGCACAGAUCGCGGAUCAGUGCAGAAGGUGAUUGUCUUGCCUCGAGAUGACCUUCAGACCGAGGAGCUGGUUUUGGAAGAAGUGGAGGUCUUUAAGGUUCCCACACCGAUCACCACCAUGAAGAUCUCAUCCAAGCGUCAACAACUGUACGUGGCGUCGGUUUUGGGUGUGACCCAUUUGGCUCUUCACCGCUGCGACGUGUAUGGGGAGGUGUGCGCCGACUGCUGUCUGGCCCGAGACCCAUACUGCGCUUGGGAUGGAAAAUCUUGCUCUAGAUAUUCAGCUUCGCAGAAGAGACGCAGCCGUCGUCAGGAUGUGAAGUACGGCAACCCCAUCCGCCAAUGCAGAGGCUACAACUCCAAUGCCAAUAAGAAUACUCUGGAGACAGUUCAGUAUGGUGUGGAAGGAAGCACAACGUUCUUGGAGUGCCAGGCUAGGUCUCCCCAUGUUUCUCUCAAGUGGCAUCUUCAGAAAGAGAACAGCGACAGGAGAAAAGAGAUUCGCUCCGAAGGCCGCAUCCUGAAGACAGACCAGGGCCUCCUAAUCCGCUCCUUGCAACCAUCGGACAAUGGUAUUUACCAGUGCACGUCAACGGAGAAGAACUUCAAACACACGUUGGUCAAGCUGCAGCUGGUGGUGCUGUCCAGCCGCACCGUCAACAACGUCCUGGUGGAAACGGGUGCACCCUCUCUGGCCCUUGCCCCGCUGCAGUCCAGCGCCUGGACGCCGAGCGCCGGCCAGUACAAAGACCUGCUGACCAUCCUGAGCCAACCUGAGAUGGGCUUGAUCAACCAAUACUGCCAGGACUACUGGCAGCUGGGGGACGGCGGAGGCGGCAUUGGAGACGGCAAAGCCAAGAGUCUGAAGGAGCUGAAGGAACAAAAGAAGCCGCGCAACCGUCGGCAUCGCGAUGACGAGACGAGCCCCGCGGAGACAUGAGGAACCGGAAGCGACCCUCCGAGAGUCUACCACACCCUUAACGCUACACUUUCCCUCCAAUGUUGAGGAGCGACUCUUAACGGACGCAAUACAGCAGAAAAGACCAAAACUCUUGGAUGAAACACACCAUAUUUAUUGUAGGUUGUAAAAAGUAAUUCUUUGUACCUAUCUAGAGAAAAACAUGUUUUUUUGUGAAUAGGUUGCUGUUGUUGUUAUUCUAAUGUUCUGGUUACUGUUACUGACUGUGUAUUAUGUUGAGGAUGUCUUCUUUUAUGUUUGGUGUUUUGGGAGCAUCCGCGCAUGGACGAGGACUGAAAAGUGGAACUUGGACUAGAAAGCUGUUAAAAAGCAGCGCAAAAUAGCAGUUUCAGGACCACGCAAACGCCCACAGACUUGCUUUUAUGUUCAAACCCCUGACCAGGUUUUUGGGAAUCAUCCUGAUGGUGCCUGAUAAACUGGCUACACACGUACUAAUCUUUAAAAUGCAAUAGAAAAAUAUGGCAAGUUUACUCUCACUUCUAGUUUAAAGUAUAUGCAGCUCCAGACAAAUACAUUGAGAGACCAUUGCAAAAGUAUUCGUUUGUACUACCAAAUCUACAUUGAAAUGCAAGGAAUCUGUUUUUGUUAUUUUUUUUCUACCCUCUAUAUGAGCUCUCCAAGUGCCACCAUCAUGAAAAUACAGUAGUAUAAUAGGACUAAAUGUAUAUAAUAUUGUAAAACCACUAUAUUUUACACUGUUCGAACAUUUUAAUAUUGGCAUAAAAAUGAAAAUUAUCCCAGUACUAUAUACGUAUAUUAUAAUAUUGCACCAAAACCAAUGACAAACUGUUAAACUCCUGUAAAAUGAAUGUAUAGAUUUGUGUAAGAGACUGAAAACCUAACUGUGGAGCUACAUUGUUCAAUUUUAAAUGCAAAUGUAACAUUAGCGAUGGAGCUGUGCAUUAGCGUUAGCCCCUAGCUUGAAUGCGGAUUUUAGGGAAGAGGCGAGCUUGGCAACAGUCAUUAAAAAUAAAAUGGAGGGUACAGGAUAUGCAAGAGAUAGGUUUUCCUUCUGUGCUUCAAAUGAGCAAUAUUUCAAGCUAGUUUACACGGCCGAGAGUCGGCGCAAACUGUCCGUACUCAGUGUAUGACAAAAGUUAGUACACCCCUCGCAACCCUGCAGAUAUUUAGGUAUAUCUUUUCAUGGGACAACACUGACAAAAUGACACUUUGACACAAUGAAAAGUAGUCUGUUUGAAGCUUAUGUAAUAGAGUUGAUUUAUUUUCCCCUCAAAAUAUAGCCAUUAAUAUUUAAACCCUCGGCAACAAAAGUCAGUACAGCCCUUAGAAACUACAUCCUUAAAUGUCCAAAUUGAGUACUGCUUGUAAUUGUCCCUCCAAAAUCUCAAAAUUAUUCAAUUACUAUAUACAUUAUUAUAUUGCACCAAAAACAUGACAAACUAUUAAACUCCUGUAAAAUGAGUGUAUAGAUUUGUGUAAGAGACUGAAAACCUAACUGUGGAGCUACAUUGUUCAAUUUUAAAUGCAAUGUAUUGUACUUAUGCGUUAACUCAGUGAUCCCCAACCACAGGGCCGCAGACCGGUACUGGUCAGUGGCACAUUUGCUACCAGGCCGCAGAGAAAUAAUGAAUAAUUUUUUAACGACCGCAAUCUGGCCUGUGACUGUGGCCUUGACGCAUCAACAUCCCUGUCUACUCUAUACACCAGGGGUGGGCAAACCGGUCCUCAAGGGCCGUAUUGGGUUCUGGUCUUUGUUCCAACUGAUCCAGCACAGACAGUUUAACCAAUGAGGUUUCUGCUAAAACAAGAAGCGCCUGACUGCGAUCAACUGAUUGCACUUGUAAGACACCAGAUUGGUGAAAAGGUUUCCCCUUGAUGGGUUGGAAUGGAAAUCCGCACCCACUGUGGUCCUUUUUGGAAUACUUUGCCCACCCCUGCUCUAGACUAAUCCGAGUAAAACUUUGUGUAGGUCGCCAUCUACUGGUUGGCCGCAAUUACCGGUGUGUUUGCACACCCAUAGCAGCCCAGCGCCAGUCAAUGUAAACAGUAACUUUAGCUGCUGUAGGUGCAUGCCGUGAGCGGCGAUGUCUUUGGACAGCUUUUUUAUGGGGAAAAGGCCACCUGCUGAGCAAGAAGAGGAGCCCACAACCAAGUCCAUUCUGCAUAAUAUGUGGCUAAAAGCUAAAAAACAAGGCAACAAAAGCAAAUGCAGUGAACGCAUCAUACCUCAUGGCGAACCGUAUUGCUAAAGCCAAAAAAAACUCAUUAUGCUUGCGACCACGGAUAUUUUCCGUUAAGUUUUAGGAGAGGCCUCUAAAAAAAUAAAAUAAAAUAAAGGUUGAUGAAGCGCAUGGUGAGUGACAUUUUCCCUGCGCUUAAUAUUAAUUUUAAGCCCUGUCACGUUAUUUUAUAUUUACUGUCAUUUUCUGCCACACAUUGCCGGUCUGUGAAAAAAAGGCCCACAUUACACCGAUCUGUGGUGCAAAAAAGGUUGGGGACCAUUGAGCUAACUCAUUAAAUGCCAUUGGCCACGUUCCAAAAGUGGCACCAUCGGAAUCACCGGAAUGACGACAUAAGUACAACAAGCUAAUGGCUCGCCCCUACAAAUUUGCUUUGGUCAGUUUGGCAUUUUAUCCCAAAGGAGUCAUUUGUAACAUUAAAUACAACACAAUAAACCAAAGAAUAUCAGUGGUCUCUGAUAGUUUUCUACUGGCGGAUUAACUACAACAUUACUGCAUAUAUGAUAUCCUGAAAUUACUGUUUAGUUUUCGUGUACCACCUCUAAGAGUUAAAAUGUCCUCAUCUGACCACCCUUGUGAAAAGUUUCUGGAAGCUACACAGCAACAAGCAGCACUGAUGCCAAACUCCAUCUUGCUAUUCAGUUUUGUUGUUGUUGUUGAUAUUAAUUACCAUGCAGGUCUCUUGUUGUUUUCUGGAACUGCAUAUAGCGUCGUGAACCAACAAUACUGUAGUGAAUUAACAACACCUAUAAGAAUUUGUAAUAAGUACUGCAAUAUUGAACUGGUUUAACAUUCAAGACAGCUGAUCAAGAUUGCGUUCUAAGUGGGGGGGAAAGCAUUCGUGAAAACCUCUGAUGUUGGAUAAUUAGGCAUGAUAUACGGGUCUUAGCUGACUAAAAUUGGGAAAUUCUUAGAUUUGGCCUGAUUAUUGUGAUGUGUGUGUGUAACCUGCUUUUAUUAAUGUUUCAUCUUGAUGUUGUACCCUAAACAUCGUGUUCUUAUUGUACUGGCAGUGAACAAGCAGAUUUUAGGAACACGAUAGUGAGAUUCUCAUCUACAAAAUGCAGAUUCCAGCAGGCAGCUAUUCUUAAAUGAGUCUGUCAUUUAUUUGAAAGAAAAAAAAAAGGAAAAAAAAACAUGUUACCCAACAAAAAGAAAAGAGACCUCUUUAAACCGAUAAACUUGCAAUAGGAAUGCCCCUUAAAUAAAGGUGGUGUUACAAGGUGAAUUUUUUUAUCCUACCGAGAAAUUUGGGAAAUUUUAAGCUAUCGACAUUUGCAGGAAGAGGUCAUAAGAUUUGAUGUGGUGCAUGAUAUCUUGGAGAAAGUCUUCCUAAAAGCAUGGGAGGUGUUAAAGCCGCAAAUUCCACGUUGGUUUGUUUUCUGUACUGCAGUUUGAAUGGCCAGGUGUCCCAUCACUUUUGUCUAUUUUACAUGCACACAAGUACAAUUUUGCAUUCCUGCCGUUUUCACGCUUGGGUUUCAUCAAGACCAGGUGGAAGGAAAAGGAUUAGUUAGGGCUAGUGACAGUAAAAAAAAAAAAAAAGUCACAAGGAAGAUUCUCACUUUUAAAGUGAAGAUUCUGACAUCUGACUUUCACAAUUCUGUCUUUAAAGUCAAAAUUCUCACUUGAAAGUCAGAAUUCUGCCUUCAUUCUCAAAAAGUCUGAAUUUUAAGUCAGAGUUCUGACAAUUCUCAGAAUUUUGAUUUCAAAGUGAAAAGUAUGACAAACCGUUUUGGGUAUGUUUUUUUUUUUGUUUUUAUUAGUUUUCUUGAAUUAUACCAUUAAUAUGAUUCAUUCAUUGAGGGGGGGCGGAAGUGUUUAUAGACCAGGUACAUCCACAAGCAAUUUUGGCAGGGCGUCUUUCCGUGGUGCAUGGCAUGUACAGUGUAAGUAUAUUAAAGUGUUUGUCUAAAAAAAGCAUUUGUUCCUUUGGAUGUCGGUGAAUGUCUUUCUAUUUGUGGGAAUAUAGAAGUAAUAUCUAAGAAUAAAAAUAAAUAUGGGCUACACUUUUUUUAAAGAGGCGAUCACAGUCCAGAUUGUACUUAUAUUUGAAAUUUUAUUUCCUGUGUUUUGCAGACUUCCCUUGGGUCAUUGGUGCAAAGUAAUGACUGAUACGCUUGUUAUAAUGACUUGUAAAAAUAAUAAUAACUUCUUCCCCAUCAAUGUUGCUGACUAAUAAA